AUGGGGAAACCGCUCUUCCGGUGUGCGCAGGAGUGGUGCGAUCAAGCCGAUGCACGAACGAAUAGCCAAGAGGGCCGCUCAGCUCUCACAGCUCAACGUACAGAUUCAGUCACCGAGUACACAGAUCAGCGCCCUGCAGAAGCUCUACCUGCAAAGAGUUCGAUGGACAAGCAGCGGCUGGGAGUGCCAGGAUCGGUAUCUUGGCAGCGCAAGGAGAUGAAGCCAGAAUCAGAUGAGGAGCUUCGGAAGACCGAUUUGCCGCUUGCGGCGUAUGAUGGAGGUCCCAAGCCCCAGCACCGCGAACUGGAACCUUUGGAAGAUGUGGGAUGCAUAGACAUCCCUAGAGACUCUUCGUUUUCUCGUGUCGUGUGUUGUCUGUGGCUUGAGGGGAAAUGCAAACGAAAAGGGUGGCACGUGAAUGACAGGAAGCUGUGUCUGCAUGAAGACGUGCCUGGAAUACCGUGUGGUUUUGGGAACAUUUGCAAAUAUCACCAUUUCAAGACACGGACACCAGAUCCCCUAUCACAGAAGCCCGCCUUCCAAAAGGUGCUGCUGCCUCCUUUGACGUCCGAUGGAGGUCCCAAGUCUCCACUCGAUGAGCUGGGAGGCUUGGAAGGUGUGAGAUGCACAGAGAUCGCUGGAGACACUUCGAUUUCAUGCGGUUCCGAUGCCCAUGCGACAUCGACCAAAGUCUCAGUGGUGUGUUGUCUUUGGCUUGAGGGCAAGUGCUGGCGCAAGGGGCAGCAUGUUCAUGGCAAGAAGCUGUUUCUGCAUGAAGACGUGCCUGGAGUGCCGUGUGGUUUUGGGAACAUUUGCAAAUAUCACCAUUUCAAGACAAGGACACAAUCUCUUGCAGAUCCCUUAUCACAGGAGCCCACGGUGCAGAAGGCGCUGCAGCCCCGACCAGUGCAGUACCAAUCUGACGGAGAUCCGCUCCCAAGAACAGAGGUCUUGCACGUGGGUAUGAUGGCGUUGAUCAAGUCGUCUUCGGUAUGGGGUGAGGUGAUCGAAAUCUCAGAUUCGCCCCUUCAAGCGGCCGCACCCGUUAAUGUUCGCUACGGUGGCGCCAAAACGCAAAUGGGUUGGUUCGGAGUUCAUGAACUUCAAAUAGCAGACUAUUCUUCCUUGACGGAGGGAACACGGGUGACCGUCCGGCACGAGAGUGGCCCUUUCUACUGCACAGUGAAGGGGGUCUCUGCUGAAAGCCGACGUGCUCGACGACCUGUGGAGGUCCACUAUGAGGGAUACGGCUCCGAGGAUGAUGAGUGGGUCGGCGCCGACCGCCUCCGGAGUCGAGCUAUACAGUUCCUUCAGCCAAAGAUGCCGGCCCAACCUGCCAUCGAAGACCUCGAAGAUCAAGACGACACAGAGACUGGUGGUGCUGGUGACUCAGGGGGUCCAGCGCUCCAGCGGGGAAUGCUGGUGCUGGUCAAGCGUAAGGGCGGAGUGCUCCGAGGCGAAGUGCUCCAAGUGUCCAGCGACACCGAAGCAGCCGCACUCGUGCAAGUCUGGUCUGACGGCUCCACAAGUGAACCGGCCUCGUGGCUCGGCGUCAAAAGCUUACAAGUUCCCGACUACUCGGCCUUCGAAGUCGGAUUGCAGGUCGGAGUCGUGGCAGGAGGGAAGGUGUACUUGGCAACAGUUCUGCAGAUGCCUUCUGAUGGCACCAACUGUGCCUCUCCAGUCCUCGUUCGUUACAAUGGCUACACCGCUGAUCAUGACGAGUGGGUGGGUGCCGAACGCUUGCGCAGCAAGGCGCUGAAGCUCAUUCAGCCCAGCAUGCCCAGAGCGUCUCCGAACCCGGAGCUCAGCCCCGGCACGCAAGGAAACAAUGUUCUUCGCGUGGGGAUGAUCGUCUGCAACGCAGACUCGCUGGUGUGUGGUGAGGUGUUGGAAGUCUCAUCAGCAGCAGAGCGCGCCAAAGCACCUGUUAAAGUUCGCCAAAGUACGACGAAGACUCAUUCUGCGUGGUUUCCUGUGGAGAAGCUGCGACUGCCUGACUACUCUGGGCUGUGCGCGGGCAUGCACGUCACGGUUCUGUCCGAUGGAACGCCUUACCUUUGCACGGUUUUGGAGAUUUCAGGCAGCAGAGGUAGGUCCAAGGAACCCAUUCGCGUCAACUACAGCGGCUACACCUCCAAGGACGAUGAGUGGGUGGGCCCCGACCGCCUGCGCAGCAAGCAUCUGAAGCUCGUGCAUGUUUCCCUGCCAUCAACGCCUUCAAGGACCGAGCCAGUGGAGACAUGGCAUCCGAGCAUUCCAGCAGUGGAGAUCGCUGAACCGCGUCGACCCGGGCCGGAGUUGUCUGGCCCUGCACCGGCCCAGUCAGCUGAGUCUCUGCCCUGGGAUGAGGAAGGCUCGGACCAUGAAGACGCUGCUCGGGGGCUCGACUCGGCAGUGGAGGCUGUCGAUGCAGCUCUGACGGCAGAGAGCCACCCAGCCGUGCUGAAGAGGGAUCUGGAGAAGGACCUCCGAGCCACGCUGGGCACGGCGCACGUUCGGAAGGUGCUGGUCCAGCACGGAUGGACCGGCAGCGGGUUCUCACAAACCCCGGACCUCGAGACCCUGAAGCAGCAGCUGUCGCUGGCCAAGGCGGAGUUGCACGAGUUGGAGAGCCAGGGCAGCUGUAGCGAGGACGUCUCGGACGAAGCAGAGCAGCUCUUCGACGUGGCCUCCUCGUGUGCUGCCGACUGCAAGGAGGCAGAUCUCGAGGCCGAGCUGGAAACGCAAAGAAGCGAUGGAAUCGCCUCCUUGGAGGUGCUGAUGGGAGUCCUGGUCUACGGAACCUUUCGUUGCGUAUCAGGAACCUCCGAUGGUCAACAGAAGCGGUGUGGAGAGGUGCUGAUUGAGCGUGGUCCCGAGUGCUUACAUCGCUGCAAGGUGCACAUCUUGGCGGGCAAGAAUCGCGGACAAGCGUGGGAUUUCGACCGCUGUCACGUUCGGAUCCUUUAUGCCCGGGUCUUCUCGCAGGAUGGAUCCGUUCGUCGGCGGCCCCUGGAUUCCCCAGGAGCUCUGGAUCUUGGCAGGACAGAGCUUUUUGGCCGAAUUCUGCACUCCAAAGAGUUCGGGGUCACCAGGCAGAAGCUCUACGUUUGCUCGAAGUCUAAGGUGGUCCGAUCCAAGAAGGUCUUAUCCUUCCGCCCCAUCAACGGCAAGCUGCCUGGCAUUAGCGUUCCCUGGGACGAAGCGUUGAGCCUGCCCAGCAACCACGACCUUCACGUGGUCGAAGUCACAGACUGGGGCCGGGACCUCCGACCACGUGGGCGGUACAUCCAAGCCCUUGGAAUGCAGUGCCGGGACUCUGACAUUGCAAUUCUGGAGCCCGUCCAGGUUUCCCUCAACUUCUGCGACUGGAAGCGCGGAGACGUCAAGCGUAGGAUGGGCCUGUUCCCGUCGGGUCAGUUUCCCCAACCGGAUGCUUCCAGACGCAGAGAUCUUCGAAGCUCCAUGACCUUCGGCAUCCAGCUGCCGGGGCCAGUCUGCAUGGUGAUGUCUGUCUUGCCCGGCGAAGGCUUGCAGAUGCAUGUUCUGGAUGUCAACGCUUACCUGGAUCAGCAAGGGGUGGCAACGGUCGAGGAGGUGGUGCGGCGACGUGCAGUUGGUGCUUGGUUCCUGGAUCACAAGGAUCGGCCCUUGCAGGCCUUCCUCCCGCUCUUCCCUCCCGACGUGGAGCAGGAACUGGUCUUCCAGGAGGGGUCCGAGCGCCUCGCCAUGACCUUCACCUUCCCCUUUACCGAGCAAGGCCUGGACAUGGAGAGUGUGGUCAUCUCGGAAACUCUGGUUCGAUGCGGCGUCCUGCUGAGCUCCCAGAGAGCCGGCUUGAUGCUCCUGGGCAAGGAGGAGGGAGGCGAGGUCGGAAGUUCGCUGCGCCGGGUCGCCGCCCUUAUGCGGCAGUUUGAGAAGGCGGAGAUCGCGCGUGGCAGCCUGGCAGCCCUGGAGCACUUGGACAUCGACUUCGCGGCCGAGAGCUCCGGCAUCGACGAGGCCUAUGCACCAUUGGCAGCCACUCGCUUCCUGCGGACUUCGAUGCAUCUGGUGGACAGGCAGGCUGGAAGACGCCUCCUCGGUAGCGCUGCCUGGUCCGGGCUUUUGAAGCCCUCCGCUUCGGGCGAGGACGUGCAGUCCCUGCCGCACUUCGACAUCCGGCAUUCGCACGGGCGGCCCGAUCCCUCCUCUUGGAAGAUCAUCGAGCGGCUCCUGCGCGUGAAGCCCGAGGAGAGAGGCAAGCCCCUCUCGGUGCCAGCGAUCCUCCAGGCCUUGCAGGAGAUCUUGCGGCAGCCGAACCUUUCCUACGCCGUGAAGCAGAGCUUUCAGUCCUCCUUCCUUCGGCGCCUGCGGGUGGUCCUUCUCCGUGCAUACUACGAGGUAACGGAAGGAGCGGCCUCGCCCGAGGAGCCCCUCUUCCAUGUGACGGCGCCGCUUCAUCGCCACCUGGACAUCCUGGGCAUGCGAGCUCUGAAGUGCCAGCUGGGCUGGCGAGCCACUUGCGACCACCUUCGCCUCUCGCGCUGGGAGCUGGAGGAGGCUGUGGCAAGAGCAAACGCUCGACUCGAGUCGCAGAAGUUCGGGCUCUACAUCUUCCGGACCAUCUCCCGCAUGAGGGAACUCUCCAACCACGGCCAGCGCAUCUUCGAUGCCGUCAUCGGGGCCGUCGGGCCCACCUACAUCAACGUCCUCAUCCCGUCUCCGAGCCUCGAUGUGCUGGAGCUGAAGGUCCCGGUGGAUGCCCUCUGCAGCUCCACGUGUGUCUCGGAGUAUGACGGCACCACGCAGUCCAUCAAGCUCACCAUCUCCGGCACCGCCCAUCCCGGCGACGCCAGGCAGCUGCGCAUCCGGUCGUGGCACGCUCAUGUCGUCACCUGUACCAUCUCCAGGAAUUUUGCCCAGCCCAUCCCGCACCAUGCGAGUCCCAACUCGGUGGUGAUCAGCGAGAUGACCUUCCAUGAGGACCUCGAAAACGAGAUUUCCUUCGCGGUGGGUCAGAAGAUGUUCCCCGAGAUGUUCUCCUCUUGGCCGGACCUCAGUGAGUGGGCCACCUUGGACCGCCGGGUGGAGACCUACUCGAAGCUCUGGGCCAGGGUGAAGUCCUGCCAGGUGCAUGCCGCAGCGGUCUCGGGCGCCGCCUACACGCCCUCGGCGGAUGCCUGGGGCCUGCAGUGGUGGAUGGAGGGCCGGAAGCGCUUCUUCCAGUGCCAGGUUGAUGUCCAGCUGUCGGAGUACCAGUGGCUCCAGCCAGGAGACUUGGCGGUUCUGAGUUGCGAGCGCGGCGAUGCCAUUGCCGUCCUCCAGGGCAGCGUGCGCAAGGCCAAGGAGGAGCGAAACCCUGCCAGUCAGGCUCGGGUUGCUGGGCAGAAGCAGCAGCGCUUCACCGUGGAGGUGGAGUUGUCCGAGAUCGCUCAGCUUGCGCGGGACAACCAGGAGGCCACCGUGGAGGCGGCCACCGCCGCUCGCGUCUACUUCAUCCUCGUGCCUGCGAACGAGAAGAAGAGCGUUCAGCUGCUCCUAGCACUCCCAAGCUCUCCGCCACUGCAGGGGAUGCGGCUCACCAUGCCCCGGACCCUGAGGCAGCAGCAGAGAGCAGUCGAACAGCGGCCGCUGGCGACGCGUGAGCAGGUGUUUGGAGCGUUGCGCGACUCUGCAAGCAAAGUGCAGAAUGGCAGUAACCUCAACGAGCUGCAGACGGUGGCUUUGCAGCGUGGGCUCCAGCGCCCCUUCUCCAUGGUCCAGGGUCCUCCCGGAACUGGGAAGACCUCCUUCCUGGUGCAGUUCAUCGUGGCUGCACUCUCAGUGCGCAGUCCAUGGGCCAGACCAGAUCUCGGCAGGAUCCUGGUCUGUGCUCCUUCCAACCAUGCAGCAGACCACAUCUUGGAUCGCUUGGUCCGAGAUACGGAAGUUCCGGCCCACCUCAUCACACGUGUCUACUCCCGCUUUAUCGAGCGAGCGUAUGGAAGCCAAUACAAAGGAGGCACCUCGCGGACGGAGCGUUCUUUUGAGAUCCAGCCACAUCUGGAGGAGCACGCUCUGCACUUCAAGGUGAAUGACACGAGCCAGCUCAGGCUGGCGCCCACGGCGGCUCAGAAUCAGAAAGCUUACAACAAGGGCUACGAAGCCGCGGAGGUGAGAGUCUUGAAUCAGAGCAAGAUCGUCAUUACCACCUGUGCGAAUGCCUAUCUCCACACGGCUCUGAUGCAAGGGGAUCCCCCGAGGAUUAUCCGGCCCGUUAAGUUCGACACCAUCGUUGUGGACGAGGCAGCCCAGGCUCCUGAGCCCGACGUGGUGCUGCCCUCCACCUGUGCCACGACCCGCGUGGUGGUGGUAGGUGACCAUAAGCAGCUUGGCCCAGUGGUGCCGGAGCGAAAUUUGUGUGCGCCUUACGUCAGCAUCUUGGAGACGCCCUUCCUGGAGCGGAUGCUCAAAAAUCCGCGGCGAUGGGAGGCCAGCACGAUGCUGAACAUGCAGUACCGCAUGCACCCGUCGAUUCGAAGCUUCCCAUCUUCGCAAUUCUACGACUCGAAGCUCGAGGACAGUGUCUCUAUCCCUCAUCGUCCUGAGCUGAACCGCAUUUGGCCACAUGAGAGCGAGCACCGCCGGUUCAUCGAUUGCCAGACUCCACAGUCGCUGGGCUUGUCUCCCGAGCUCAACCGUGCCUGCGACGCUGCCCUCAUGGAGAACAAGACAUCCCUCAAGAACGUCGGAGAGGCCAAGGCUUGUGUGGCGCUCUGCUCUCUCCUCCUGCAAGCCCGCUGUUCGGCGAAGGACAUCGCCAUCAUCACGCCCUACCGGGCGCAACAGUACGAGAUCCGGGGAAGACUCCAGCGAGACAUCGGUGAAGGUUCCAAGAGCAUCCUGGUCGGAACGGUGCACUCCUUGCAGGGUUCCGAGCGUGACUUCAUCCUCAUCAGUUUCGUGCGCAGCGUCGCCGACGAUAUUCAGGACGUUGCUAAGCCCGUCCAGGCAGCCUCCUUGGGUGACUCGCUGGCCCUUCAGGAGAUGCGCAAGACGAGCCUUGGCAUCCUCUCGGACAGCAAGCUGCUCAAUGUGGCCCUGACCCGCGCGAAGUAUGGUCUCGUCUGCAUUGGCAACGCCGAGAUCCUCAGCAAUGGAUCCAAGGACAUGCUGCUUCAGUGCUUCGCAGUUUUGGAUGAGAAAAAGAUGCUUCCGUUCCUGGGCUCCGGGAGGGCUGCUCGGAAAAUCGCUGGUGGCUACGUUUGA